AUGAUGAACGUAUCAACUUGCACGUGUGCAAAUAUUACGUCUUCAGUUCCUUCACGGGUAGAAGGAAUAACAGUGUCUGUCUUUUUCUUGUUGGAAGCUGUCCUGAUUAUCGCGGGAAACUUUCUCACAAUUGGUCUCUUUGCAAAAGAGAAAAGACUUCGAAAGAAGAGCCUUUUACUGGUUGUAAACAUGGCUUUUGCAGAUUUGAUCUUAGGAGCUGUUUCCUUGCCUUUGUAUGUUUACUUAGAUAUCGGGCCCACGUAUCGGCUGUGGAAAUGGCAUACAUCAUACAAAACGUUGCGUAUCGGUUGGGAUGUCGUUGAUACCAGCUCCUCGCAGGCAUCAUUAAUCUCAGCUGUUUUUAUAGCCUGUGAACGGUUUUACGCCAUUUUUCGGCCGCUGAAACACCGAACUCUAUCACUCAAAGCGUAUUUCAUUGUAAUUGUUAUCAUCUGGACGCUGGCUAUGUUUGUUUCCGCGGUGUUCAAUACAGCAAAAUACUUAAUUUCAUGUAAAGCAGCUACUUAUGCUUGGAUGUCAUUCCCUUUGCUGUUUCUAUUUAUUGUUUGUCUUUGUAACAUUGGUAUUUACAGACUCUAUCACAAGAGGAAAGUUUCUUCACAACAGGGAAACAGAGAAUCUCAAACCAAACGCUUGACCGUAACCUUGUUGCUCGUGUCCACCGUCUCUUUACUGUCAUGGCUUCCUCUAGUGACCGCAAACUACAUAUUUUUUGUUAAAAACAUUACUAUACCUAACAAAUUUUUGAUUUAUAAUAUCAUAAAUAUUCUCAACUUUUCAAACUGUUUUGUAAACUCGGUUGUCUACUCAUUAAGGAUACCUGAGUUCAGGCAAUCAUUGGUUUUUUGCUUCACAAGACGCCAAACAGUAAUAAACAGGGGCGAGCACGAAGGAAGAGAUAACAAGGGGUUUGCUUUAACGUCGGGGAUAGAGCCAUCAGCAUUAUCAAGGAAGUCAAGGUAUCUGCAGCAGGAUUUUGAACUGGAUUCUGUGGACACUAAACUGUGA